GUUGUGUGCGUCCCGACAACAGAAUCAACACUGGUGCCCGGUAUCAGUUCACUCCUUCCAUUCACUUCGUUCAUCCAGUCUUUUACUCCUCCUUUUGGAAUUUGCAUUGAUGGAUUUGCUAGCUCCUGCAUCCACUCAGGUGCAGCAGAGAACCAUCCCUCUUGUCUGCAAUAUCUGUGCAUCACAGCCGCACUUCAGCGACCUGUCUCAUCUCCUUACCCAUAUCAGCAGCAAGGCUCAUCUGUCGACCUACUACAAGGGCAAGGUCCGCGCUAGCUCCGAUGAAGCCAUCCGUCAAUCCAUCGAGCACUACGACAUAUGGUAUGCCGAGAAUGACAUCGAAGCAUUCAUGUCAAAGCGCAUGAAGCAGAAGGAAGAUGUCAAGAGACAGAAGAUCAAGAAUGAACCUUAUUCUAAGCAAAAGGUCAUCAAGAAGGAAUCCGACUCACCUACCGUCAUUCCAUCGUCCAUGUUCCUUGACGACACUGCUUCCGUCUAUCCUUCCCCGUUCGCUGCCUAUGCACCCAUGUAUAGCUGGGCGGCGCACCCGUUCCUGUACCCAUCAAAGCAGGAAGAAACCUCGGUCGAUCAAGAGGAUCAGCAUAUCCCGAGUAAUGUGAUGCUUAUGGCCCCGAAGCACAAGGCCAAGGCCCAGACACCUCACACUGGAGAGGUCGACGAUGACGACACCAGCAAGCUCAAGGGUAUCGUCUGGCCAGGCAUGGGCUUGUUCGACGCCGCAACUCCGGAGUUGAAGAAGAAGCGUAACCAGAAGAAAGAUGUCUCAGUCAACGACCGUCUUGCCGCCAUGUCCGAAGUAAUCCAGAAGGAAGAGAUGGUGUUCAGUCCUGCGGGCUCUCUGCGCAAGGUCCGACCCAUCUCUGGUCAGCUGCAAUCGGAAGAUGAUCUGCUGUCGGGUGAGGAGCUUCCCCCACGCCCACCCAAGGCCAAGCGUGCUCCUCGCAAGAAGUCCACCGAAGACAAGAAGCCCGUGAAGGUCGAGAAGCCAGCUAAGGAGAAGAAGUCUACAAAGGACAGAAAUUCUCUCAAGGACAUGGACACCAACACUAGCAAGGAUGUUACUGCCCGUCCCAAGGCCAAGAAGAGAGGUCGUAAGCAGCAAUCCGUUCCUGCUAUCGCUCAAGAGACUCAAGAGGAACAACAUACCGAGGAUGAGCUCACUCGUGACGCUGGACGCAACAAGCGCAAGAGAGGCUCUUUCUACCCCGACGAGGAAGAAGAGGAGCAGGACGACACCAUGAUCGAUACAAUGGAAGCCACUUUCGAGCAGCCGGCUGUCAUGGCACACCUCACAUCAGGAUACCCACCAGGUCCCAUGUAUGUCGCCGCAGCACCUAUGGGGUUCAGAGCUGCCGAGCCCACGUACAUGAACAUGAACAUGGGCUUGAACCUGGGCAUGAUGGGUCAAAGCUACUAUCAAUUCCCCGCCGGUAAUGACAGCCAGCCCUCCUACGAUCCAGCACCGUUGACGACUUGGGACUACUAUGGAUACGGUAUUAGUGGAAGCAUCGCAAACCCUUUGUUCUCUGGCAUGUAUGGAGGCAGCUUCGGAGAUGACGACGAAGACAACGAGGGAACCAUCUCGGCACCCAUCUCGGAGUCAGACAAGUGA